AUGGAUCGCUUCAACUCCAAGAAGCUCAUGGAGAGCAGCAAGCGCAUCACUCGGUUCAACAUGAAGCAGUUCAAGAGCAUCUUCCCGUUCCUGGAGCUGCCGGCGGAGUUGCGCAACAAGGUAUACGAGUACGCGACCACCGACCCGCAGCGGCUCGCCGACUUUUUCGACAAAUACUACGAGCGUCUCCUCGCGGCUCGAGCCAAGCCUCUACCAUGGGUCUGGCACGACGAGAACAACAGCCGUAUGCUGGCACCAYCAACCAAGAAGGCACCCAACGUCUUCCUCAUCAAUAAGCAGAUGUACCACGAGGCAUCUUACAUCUUCUACCACGUUCGCAGCGUCAGCUUCCACCACGGAAUGCUCGAACUCCGCUCCGUCUACGAAUUCAUCUCCCCACACAUUCUCAAGAACAUCAGCGCCAUCAACAUCACCGACUCUGGCCACAACGAGAUUAUCCAGCUCGACAACCCAGGAAAAACCAUCUCCCUUCCGUGCUCAUGGAACGGAUACAUGCGCCUCAUCUCCCAGCUCGGACGUGGUCUCUCCCGCGGCGGCCACAAGUUGAAGGAGUUUACCAUCGACUUCAGCAACGACGAGCGGUUGGAGGAACACUUGGUUCGCUGCCAGAAUUCAAGUCAUGUCUGCGGCUUCCGUGACCAGGCCCGGACCGCGUUGGAUACCCUCCGCGGCAUUCGCGGAGUCGGCCGUGUUACGCUCAAGGGUCUCAACCCAGAGUAUGCUGCCAAUCUCAAGGCUCGCAUGGAGAGCAAGGCAGUCGUCUUUGCCGACUUGCCCAAGAGUGUCCGCAACAUCGUCUACCGCGAAGCUUUGGGAUUCGCCAACAUCUCCGACGCCAUUAUGCGGGCAGUUGAUGGUCGGCCUCAGAUGCGCAACAAGAGCUUCCCGUACCCACUCCUGACCACUCCAACCGUUCUGCUCAUGAACAAGAAGUUUUCGGCUGAGGCGAUGGAAGUGCUUGACGACUGCAAGCACGUUCUGAAGUUCGACCUUCCAGCCGCCCACCACAUCAGACCGGCGGAAAUGCCAAAGCUCAGCAGAUUCGUCGGCCGCGAGACUCUCAAGUCUGUCCGCUCCGUCAACAUCAACAUGCAGUCCCGAGACUGGCUGGAGUCGCUCGAUUGUCACUUGAUCAGUGCUUUCACAUCUCGUUCCAGCAAGCUUGUGUCCUUCGAGCUGACCUUCCUGGAUGACAAGAUCGGCCACCAGUGGCCCCAGUACCCAGACGCCUACCUGCUCGACCACCUCAUCGGCUUGCGCAGCAUCCGUGACCUUGACAGUGUCAAGAUCUCUGGCACUCUCCCGCUGUGUUUCACUGAUCCUCUCGCCUCCGCCAUGACCACCCCCUACCGCUCCCGACUCCCGAAGUUGAGGGCCAAGUGCCGUGGCAAGAUUGUCGAGCUCCGCCACGAGAUCGACUACGAUCACCACGUCGCCAAGUAG